UUGCGGCGGAAACGAAAGAGUGAUGCCGUGGCGUCGAGCCCUUCUAAGCAUCCAUCGCCGGGUGGCAGUGCCGGUCUGCUGGAAAUAAAGGACGCAAAGGACAGGGCGAUAAAGCACUGCGAAAAGUUUCUGUGCCGGGACGUGACCCCGGUUUGUGUACUGAAGGCGUGCGAUAAGUGCUGCGGGAAAGGUUACUCGUCCAAGUGGCACCAUAUUUCGAUCGGCGAGCACUAUUGCAACUUCUGCUAUGAAUUUUACAUGUGCGUAUCUGUCUUUAUUUUCCGAUCGACCCUUUCACAUAUUUUGACCGAUCACUUGUUGCAUGCAGCAGUGAGGUACAGUAUUCCACUUGUUUCAUGGACGCCGUCGAAAGCGCACACGACAAAAGCAGUCAUAUUCAAUUCAUGUGAUACUAAAAUAAAAUUGUUUCCUUUUUCUCGUUAUUCGCAUAUCACGCUGUUAGCUUUUCCUGAUCCAGAACGUCGACGUAAAUUCUAUUACCAGUAAUA